GGGGUGGCGGGGAGAGGUGCCAAGCCCCACGCAGGCCCGUCACCGCCGGGUGGGCACAGCAGCCCUGCCCCGGGGAGGACCUGGCACCACCUCGCCACUCCCGGCCCAGCAGCUGGCGUGGCCGAGCCGGUCGCCUUCCCUCCCUGUUUGCUUUCAGGGUGUUCAUUGUGCUGCUCCCGCGCUGCUCGGAGCUGCUCCCACUCCUCUCUCCCUCUACCCUUGUCCCGUUAAGCCUCAUCUCCUCGUGUUUCUCCCUGGUGGGAGCCAUGCCCUACCUACUCCGGGACUCGAAGCCCAGGCCGCCACCGCUGCCGCGGGAGGCACGUGCCACCCACAGCUCGGGGAAAGCCUACGAGGAGCUAAAGCAGGAGUGCCUGCGCAGGGGCAGCCUCUUCGAGGACCCUGACUUCCCCGCCAGUGACGCCUCCCUCUUCUUCAGCGAAAAGCCACCCGUUCCCUUCCUCUGGAAGAGGCCUGGGGACAUUGUCAAGGAUCCCAAGUUUAUCCUUGGAGGAGCCACGAGAACUGACAUUUGCCAAGGGGAUCUUGGUGACUGCUGGCUAUUAGCAGCCAUAGCUUCUCUCACAUUGAAUGAAAAAACACUAGCAAGAGUGGUACCACUGGAUCAAAAUUUUGGGCCAGAUUAUGCUGGAAUAUUUCACUUCCAGUUUUGGCAACACAACGAGUGGCUGGAUGUCGUGAUUGAUGAUCGAUUACCCACCUUCAAGGGCCGGUUGGUUUUCCUGCACUCAGCUGAACACAACGAAUUUUGGAGUGCUUUACUAGAGAAAGCCUAUGCCAAGCUGAAUGGCAGCUACGAGGCUCUGAAAGGAGGAAGCACAAUAGAAGCCAUGGAGGAUUUCACUGGGGGAGUAGGAGAAAUGUAUGAGGUUAAAACGGCUCCUGACAAUUUCUAUGAAAUCCUAGAGAAAGCUCUGAAAAGAUGCUCAAUGGUGGGCUGCUCUAUCGAUACCAGCAGUGCUGCCGAGUCAGAAGCCAAAACCCCCUUUGGCCUUAUAAAGGGCCACGCUUACUCCGUGACUGGCAUCGAUGAGGUGAGCUAUCGGGGCCAGAAAGUGCAGCUCAUAAGGAUAAGGAAUCCCUGGGGACAGGUGGAGUGGAAUGGCCCUUGGAGUGACAACUCUCUGGAGUGGCGUUUGGUCAGCCCAUCAGAGCAGAAACGCUUGUCUCAGACAGCACUGGAUGAUGGAGAGUUCUGGAUGAAAUUUGAAGACUUCAAAGUGCAUUUUGAUAAAGUUGAGAUCUGCAACCUGACUCCAGAUGCCCUGGAAGACAGCACUGCCCACAAGUGGGAGGUGACCAUCCAUGAGGGAAGCUGGGUCCGGGGGUCUACUGCAGGAGGAUGCAGAAACUUUAUAGACACUUUCUGGACAAAUCCACAAAUCAAGAUGCAUUUGACAGAGACAGAUGAUGGGCAAGAUGAUUGCACAUUCAUUGCAGCGCUGAUGCAAAAGGAUCGCCGCAAACUCAGGAAGUUUGGAGCUGAAAUGCUAAGUAUCGGCUACUCUAUCUACGAGAGCCCCAGUGGAGAUGGACACCUGAACAAAGACUUCUUCAGGUACCACGCCUCCAAGGCCAGAAGCAAAACCUACAUCAAUUUAAGGGAAGUAUCCAACAGGUUCAAGCUGCCGCCAGGUGACUACAUCCUUGUUCCAACCACAUUUGAGCCACACCAGGAGGCAGACUUCUGCCUGAGGAUCUUCUCGGAGAAGAAGGCCAUCACUGAGGAUCUAGAUGAAAACGUUGCCAUUGAUCUCCCUGAGCCUCCAAACCCAAGUCCACAAGCAACUGAAGAAACUGAGGAAGAAAAACAGUUCCGGGCACUGUUUGAGAAGAUCUCAGGAGAGGACAUGGAGGUAUCCGCAGAAGAACUUGAAUAUGUUCUGAAUGCAGUAUUAAAAAACAAAAAGGACAUCAAAUUCAAGAAGUUAAGUCUCAUCUCGUGCCGAAACAUCAUUUCUCUUAUGGAUACCAGCGGCAAUGGGACUCUGGAAUUCAGUGAGUUCAAAGUUUUCUGGGAAAAACUGAAGAAAUGGAUAAACAUCUUUCUCCUGUUUGACUCUGAUAAAUCUGGCUCCAUGUCCUCCUAUGAGCUCCGCAGUGCUCUCAAAGCUGCAGGAUAUCAACUCAACAACUACCUGCUGCAGCUGAUUGUCCUGCGGUACUCUGAUGAACAGUUCCAGAUUGAAUUUGAUGAUUUUCUGAACUGCUUGAUUCGCUUAGAGAAUGCAAGUCGAGUAUUCCAAGCACUGAGUGUGAAAAAUAAGGAGUUCAUUAACCUGAAUAUAGGAGAGUUCAUUAACCUGGCAAUGAACAUUUGAAGAAGUUUGACUUGGAUGCCAGGAGUUUCUUGGGACAUCACUACCAUGGCUGCUGCCCCGACAACUGUGGUCCCCUUCUGAUGUAGACUUAACCAGAGCUUUUGUGUGGAGGAAGACACGUGCUGCCCACCCUUUCUGGUCUCCAGCCCUGUUGUGUUCAGGAGCUCCACAGUCAGAUCACAUUUUGUUUUUAAUUUUGAUAAAACCUGCUAAUGGAUUUGUUACUGGAAGAGGUAUUUGGAUGGGGCACACAUGCCUCUCAAGUAGACUGAAAUUAAUGCCCCUAAGUUAACACAGUCUUUUAUAAAAUAAGAUUGCAUUUAGUUUCAGCACAGCACAGCCUACAAUGAUUAAAAAUUUUUAUUGCUGCUUGGUUACAAAUUACUGUGAGGUGCUUUUAAAAAUACAAGGUUGUGUAAAACUGUUCAAUUUGGAAUUUAUUUUGAGGCAUGCUGUGUGGCUACAUAACAAGUCUCUUGUCACAGCCACAUGAAUUUCAGUCUGAUAGACUAUGAACAAAGGAAGACUAGGGAAUGCAUUGAUGAAAAUCCAUCCUUGAAUAUUUGUAACAGAGGUCCCUGGUCCAGGUUUCCUUAGAAGGAUGUUUAAGCUAAGAUUUGAUGUUCAUCACAGAUUUAAUUUAGGGAUAAAUUGUUGCAUCUCACCUCCCUUCAGUCCUUCCUCUGCUAUCAACCUGUCCAAAAUGUGCCCCACAAGCCAAAGCCUGCAGAGUUGCAUACAGCUUGCCUGUAUCUUCAGAGAAACGUGCCUCUGGAGACAGUGAGCUCUUGCGUGGGGCUACCUUUCCCUCACGGAGUCAGUGCUUGUAUCCCAUACCAACCAUGCCUUUAGAAGACCAACUAUAAUCAUUUUAGGUGAACUAAAUGCAACCAUUGGUAAGGCCCUGAUCUCUGCAGCUAUUGCUGUUUUGCAUUUGUCUCUUGCAUUGUAUUAUUCAUGUGACAUUGAUAGUCAGCGCUGACUUAAAAAAUAACAGUAAUAGCAGCCAGGAACUUAAGAAGUCUUCACUGGAUUUGUUUCUAUGUUUAUCUUCAUAACUUGUGCCUAUUUUAUAAUGAAUCAACUGUCUCGAUUUGUUUUCUAAAACUUUUCUUGCAGCGAAACAGAUGGCCCUAGAAGAGCUUUGCAUUCCCUACUGUCCAGGAUCACUGAGGCAGACAGGGUUUUAUUUUCUCUACAUUUAGACCUAAUGAGCAAUUCUGGAACGAAAAUCAAACCGUAGUAAAGAUUAAGUUCAAAGAACAAAAAAAGAAACAAAAAAAGAAACAACAACAAAAAAAAUACACCAAGGGUCACAAUGUUUAAAAUUCCCAUUUCUUUUCCCUAACAAUUACAGUCUUGUAGCUAUAUAGAAAAUGCUCUGGAGCUAACUGGAAUCUGAGAGAAAGCUAAUGCAGUAUUUCAUGAACUGAGGUACUCAGCCCCAUCAGGUGUAUUGAUUUCAGAUGUGAUGGUUGUAUGCCCUUUCAACAGCACUGGAGGCAGCUGUCCAAGUUUGUGAAAGUUUGAGUUAAAAUCUAGACCAUUCUAUAACUAUUUGGCCACAUACUUGAGAGUAAAUUUAUAGAUUCUUAUCUGGUUCACUGCGUAAGCUUGAAUGUUGAUAUAAAUUUGUUGUAAUAUAUUUUCUUUCUGUAAUGAUACUCACAAGGUAUGCAGAAGAAAAGAGACGUUUCCAUGCCUGGCACCUCCACUGUAGCUUUCUGUGUCUUCACACAGAGCUGGGGAUGCCUUGGAGAAAUCUGGUUUGAUAUAAGCAAUGGGGCGCAAGUAAAAAUUUCUGCAUUGAAGAGAAAAUUCAUGCAUUUAAGUAAAAAACACCCCAAAGUGUUUUCUUCCCACUCAGAGCAGUCUCCUGCUGACUGUAUGCCAAAGAAUCUGAGAGUUAACGUCCAAAUCCUUUACAAAUUAGAGUAAGACCCAGCUUCAAAAAGAAAAAGUAAUCUUAGGAAUAAGUGCAUCUGAAGGUGGAGGAUUAUAUAAUCCCCUGUAAGUAUUAUUAUUAUUAUUAUUAUACUGUUUGCAUGAGUGAACGAGUGGGUGAGUGAGAGAUGUUCGACUUCACAGCCCCAUCAGAACAUGAUAGCCCUUCUCAGCGCUGUGCCCAUGUGGUGCCUGAACAGGAGGGCAACCUGCUGUCCAGAAUCAGGGAUCUGGGCUAGCUGGUUUUCUUUUCUUGUAAUCAAGAAUCUUCAGUUUAAAGACAGACCUUGCUGCUUUCUCUGACAUGAGAUGUGGAUGCAUUUGGUUCUGUACAAGAGCUGGGGCUAAUCACUUAGGGUGGUCUGAAAGCCAUGAGAGCUGUACGUUCCCUAUUGUGCACACAGAUCUUCUCAGCGAGUACCAGCUCAUGCUGUGAGCCCUGCCUCUCUGCUAAUGGCUACAUUAAUGGGGAACAUGAGAUGCAUUUUUCAUAAUUAUGUUACUGGGGAAAAAAAUCACUUAGCUACAGGGCUGCAAUUUGAGCGUGCUCUUCCACUCCCUCUCAGAACCGAAAAUGCCUCUCUAAAGCCUGCUACUGAAAUCUCAGGCCAGAUGUUGGUUGGGCUCAGCAAUGGUGAGUCUUUGGCAGCAACACCUCCCUCAGAAAAAUCGCAUUUCUGUCACAGGCCUAUUUUAAUCCCCACAAGACUUAACGCUGGUCCCAAAACACUUGAUGUGUCAACGCAGGGGGUGCCUGAGGCAUUACAAGGGUCAGGAGGUGAGGGAGAGAAAAAAAAGUGAAGCGCAGUCGUACUGCCGGCAAAGCCUCCUUCUUGUAGUGCUGUGGCAUCAGGCAGGAGAGAUGCUUGAAACGACAAGGCUGUUCUCCCAAUUUAUAGCGGUUGUGGUUGCUUCCAAUCAUCAAAAUUAAAUAUUUGUGAAGAGAUAGCUGAGUUAUCUAAAUCAUUUUCAUUUCAGCUGCAUCAUCUCCCUGCCUCUCCCUGGAAAUAUUUGAGUCUUUGUGCUUUUCAGCUAAUGGCAGCGCAUCUUUUGGAAGCACAUCAGAGCGCUGAGGGUAGUUUAUAAUGUUCCCAGUUAUGUCUGGAACUUCAAUAUUUUUUAAAUAAAUUACAAAUACUUGCUGAUUGAGGUAAA